AUGCCUGUGGACAACGACUUGUCGGAGCAACAGAAAAAGAGUGAGCCAUCAUCAGAAGACAAUUGAAUGCUGUUUGAAGGUAAUUGUUUUCAGAAACCAUAAUCAAAGCGAGAGAGUUUUUCUUUGCCUUGAAAGACAUCACCGAUAUAGCUUUCCUGACAAUUCCAAAGUUGCACCCAAUUGGUGCUGCCGUCCUGGUUGCGUUCAAUGUUGCCAAAACACUUUUCUCUAUUUACGGCCCAGACGAGAAGGAUGAUUAUGUGCAAGAGCUGCGUAAACUGGGAGAGCAGAUGGAUACUGUAAGAGGAGCAGUUUUCGAUGACAAAAAACCAACGUUUGUUUUUUUGUUCAGCUACUCGAUCGUGUUGCAACUUACUUCACAGACUUCAAAGCCUUUGUGGUUGAGCAUGAUUUCUAUCUAGUAAAAUUGUAUUCUUGUACUUCCAAACGUUUGAGUUUCCAGGAUGUUCCGCUGGAGAGCUCGGUUCUGUACCAGUACAUGCAAGAGGUUGCAUCGAAUCCAUCGAAGAACAACGUCAACGAGUUCAAACGACAAUACUUCAAAACGAAUCCGGUGCGGCUGGCACGUAAACUGAACCAACAGUUGGCGAAAAACAUAACGAAUCCGCUGAAGGCAGCGAUGGAGGCCGAUCCUUUGAUGACAACUGGCACAUUUUCCAAGUGGAAAUGUGUUAUUGAGGGCGUGUUCGCGCAGCUUGUUAGUGACCUCUUUUCACUUCUGAAACAACUAACUUAAAACUUUGAAGUGGUUCAUUGAAAUCGCGGCCGGCGUGUUCAUUAACAACGUAAAAGAGGAAGAGGUGAAAAGCAUCGAGGAUCUGCAUCGAGUGAGCCAAGUGCAAUUGGAAAUGGAACGAUUUGCUGGUUUGCUCGUAAAAUGGAGUACAGAUUAUGCGGUAAGUGUUUUGCAUAUGUAGGUUGACUUUCAAAUAUCAAAGCUUAUUAGAUGAACGAUUAUUUCUGGCCUGAGAAAGUGCGACAGUUUGUUGAAGACGUUCAAGACAAAUACCCGCAAAAGAACAUUUAUGCGAAAGCCGAUUUUAUUAAACAUGCGCUUGCCAAUAUUCUUACAAAGUAACGUCAAAGUUGAAUCAUCAACGCAUUCUCCAACACAAUUUGUUGCAGAGAUCAGUUCUACGUGAUAGUGUACUCUGGAAAAUCAUCCUACAAGUGGCACGUACAACAUACAACGACAGAGGGCUCGAAACAAGUGAUUCUCUCGGUGGAUCGUGGCGGAUGCAGUGUCAUUGUGUACCGUAGUCGCGAUGCUCAUUCGGCAAAAAGCUCGGAGAUUGAUCAGAUGGAGAUUGAUAUACAACAGUACCAAGCGAAGAUCCCAAAGCAUAUUACUCUUGGGUUUUGGUCGUCAAACAACAGUAUCAGAAAGUACUCUGAAGCAACGAUGAAAAACUACGGCAUGAUUCUUGCAACCCAUCUUGUUGAUGUUGCAGUAAAGUGGACAGGCCCGCUCAAAAAUGGCCCCGGAGCGUUUUGUAGCGGCGAACAAGACUGCCAACCUAUCUUCGGUUUGUUGCCCAGUAAAUCCAAGUACGUCGUAUUGGCUGGCUUCAAAUGA